AUGGCAGCAGCCUCCACAGAUGCAGAGCAGAGCUCCACAAAGAUCACCCCUGAAGCGCUGCAGGAGAUGCUCCAGUACUACAACCUGAGCCGCCAGGAGUUCAUCGACACCUACAACAUCGAGCCGCUCGUCUACAUCCCCGAGUUACCGUACAGCGCCAAGGCUACCUUCUUCAUCGUGUACAUGGUCAUCUUUGUCCUGGCUCUGGCCGGGAAUAGUUUAGUCAUCUACAUAGUUCUGAAAAAGCGCGCCACGCAAACGGCGACGGAUAUUUUCAUCAGCUCUCUGGCUGUCAGCGACCUGCUCAUCACUUUCUUCUGCAUUCCGUUCACUCUGCUGCAGAAUAUCUCGUCGGAGUGGUUUGGGGGAGUUCUUGUUUGCAAGACAGUCCCCUUUGUGCAGACCACGGCUAUAGUGACAGGCAUCCUCACCAUGACAUGCAUCGCCAUUGAAAGAUACCAGGGUAUAGUGUUCCCGCUGAAAAUGAGGAGGCAGUACUCAUCCAGAAGAGCAUACAAGAUGUUAGGGCUGGUAUGGAUCGCCUCAGUGCUGGUGGGCUCACCCAUGCUGUUUGUACAACAGCUUGAGGUGAAGUACGACUUCCUGUAUGAUCACUAUCACGUGUGCUGCCAGGAGAGUUGGAGAUCAAUGACUCACAGGCAGGUGUACACCACCUUCAUCAUGGUGGCCCUGUUUCUGCUGCCUUUGGUCACCAUGUUGUUCCUCUACACGCGCAUUUGCAUUGAGUUGUGGAUCCGCAAGAGGGUGGGAGACUCAUCCGUCCUGGACACAAUGAACCACAGGGAGAUCAGUAAGAUCUCAAGGAAAAAGAAACGAGCUGUGAAAAUGAUGGUCACCAUCGUUCUGCUGUUCACCAUUUGUUGGGCACCUUUCCACACAGUCCACAUGCUGUUUGAGUACUAUGACCUGGAGAACAAAUACGACGGAGUGACAGUCAACAUGAUCUUCGCCAUCGUCCAGGCCAUCGGCUUCUCCAAUAGCUUCAACAACCCCAUCGUGUACGCCUUCAUGAACGAGAACUUCAAGAAGAGCUGCGUCUCCACCCUCUCCCACUGCAUCAGGAAACCCAACCAGCAAGGCACCGCUGCAGUGGCACCCAAGAUGACUGUGCAGUUCAGCAAACCGCACGGCAGGGAAGCCUUCCUGGAGUCAGACGAAGCCACCAGCUCUAACCAGAACUCAGGGGAAAAAGGCCAUUCCAGUACCUUGCCUCGAGAAAGCACGCUGGAGAUAAUAGGAGAGAAAAUCUCCACCAUUCAGACGGAGCUGCCUGCAAACAGCUCCUCAAAAGGGAACUGA